AUGUUUUCCCCUUUCUGUGCUUCGCCAUUCUGGUACGGGAAGGAGGUAAUGGUGAUGGCAAAUGGUACGGAGAAGUCUGUGAGAGAGAGAGAAGGAGCCGAAGCAAAAGUCACUCAGAUUGUUCUCCUGUAUGUGCUCCUGGUACAUGGAUUGUAUGGUGCUGGAGGAAGCCUGCAUUGUGAAUACUCCAGUGCAGGGAGUCUUCACCGGCCUCACAGCGUAUCGAUUACAGAGUUUGGAGCAGUUGGAGAUGGCGUGACUCUAAACACUAAAGCCUUUCAGAAUGCUUUGUUCUACCUCAACUCUUUCUCUGAUAAAGGAGGUGCCAAGCUUUUUGUCCCCGCUGGUCAGUGGCUAACCGGGAGCUUCGACCUCAUCAGUCACCUAACGUUAUGGCUAGACAAGGGUGCGACGAUUCUCGGGUCAACGGCAAGUGAUCACUUGUUUCUUCUUCCUCAGAGCUCGGAGAAUUGGCCUGUGGUUGAUCCAUUACCAUCAUAUGGACGAGGAAGAGAACUGCCCGGUAGAAGACACAGGAGUCUUAUAUAUGGUCAGAAUCUCACAGAUGUAGUCAUAACAGGCCAAAACGGGACGAUUGAUGGUCAAGGAAGUGUAUGGUGGGAUUGGUUCAGAAAUGGAGAGCUAAACUAUACAAGGCCUCAUCUUGUUGAGCUCAUCAACUCUACUGGUCUCAUCAUCUCCAACCUCACAUUCUUGAAUUCACCAUUUUGGAACAUCCAUCCUGUUUAUUGCAGAGAUGUUGUUGUAAAGAAUCUCACAAUCUUGGCUCCUCUUGAAUCUCCAAAUACAGACGGAGUUGAUCCAGACUCGUCGACUAAUGUUUGCAUAGAGGAUUGUUACAUAGUUACGGGAGAUGAUUUGGUAUCGAUAAAAAGUGGAUGGGAUGAGUAUGGAAUAUCCUACGCACGACCAAGCUCCAAGAUCAAGAUCAAUCGGUUAAGAGGUCAAACUACUUCGAGCUCAGGAAUCGCCAUCGGGAGCGAAAUGUCAGGUGGUGUGUCCGAAAUCUAUAUCUCGGACUUGCAUCUUUUCAAUUCGAAUACCGGAAUCAGAAUCAAGACUUCUCCUGGAAGAGGAGGGUAUGUCAGAAACGUUCACGUAUCCAACGUGAAGCUCGAUAAUGUGCAGAAAGCGAUUAGAUUCACUGGUAAGUACGGUGAGCACCCUGAUGAGAAAUUCGAUCCUAGGGCACUUCCGGCCAUCGAGAGAAUCACGUUUGAGAAUGUUAAUGGCGGAGACAUCGGUGUUGCGGGUCUUCUUGAAGGCAUAGAAGGAGAUGAGUUUAAGAAUAUAUGUUUCCUUAAUGUUACUCUUACGGUGAAGAAGAAAUCGAAGAAAUCACCAUGGAAAUGCUCAAAUGUUAGAGGUUAUUCACAGUGGGUUUCGCCGGAGAUUACUUGUGAUUCUUUUGAAGAGGGUAUCUUCCCUGAGCAUAGCUCUGAUUGUUUUGGGUUAUCAGAGAGUAAUCUGGAGACAUCAAGCGGUUUAAGUAGAUCGCCAUGGUUGCUUUCUUGGUAAGUUACUCUAGUUUGACCAUUCACAGUUUGCUUGAUUGUCAAGAAACCUCUUCAAUUUUCCUUCCAAUUUUUCUCUGAGGUUUCCUUUUUUCUUAAAAAUGAUGCGUUUGUUCUUUCUUUCCUGUUGGUAUUUCCUUGUAAAUUUGUGUGCAGUGAGGAAAAUAAUCAGAGUGGCUUAAAAGUUUUUUUUUUCUUGUGUUUUUUUUUUUUGGGUAAAAUUCUUGUGUUUUUUUGUUUGUUUGUAUGAGCAGAACAAAGUGUAAUAUCUCCGACGAUAGUCAUUUGAACUUGAAUUUUUGUUUGUUGACAACUACUCCAUAAGAGAAACUA